GAUUUGAAACGUCUGCAGAAGCAUUUCUAAGCUAAGGAAGGUUGGAUCGUGACCAAGAAUUUGUGAAUAUUGUGAGUUGAUGCAAACAACUGAAUAAGUGUUUAAAUUAAUAAACGUUGGAAACACUUAAAACGUUGAUGUUUAAUUAUUUGAAAUGAUGUUUUUCAUAAAAAAUUUGUUUUGAACUUGUCACAUUGCUUUAAAAGUAUCUACCUUUUGUACAAGUUUCAUUUAAUCUGUAGGAUAUUCUAUUUUGUUUGGAUAACUUAUUCUUUUAUUAAGUACUAGUUUUUAAGGAUGCUGAAAGGAAAAGAAAAUAUUCUUCAAGCUAAUACAACUGCUUCUCAAUUUGAUCCUAAAUUACAAGUUAAUAAUUUCAAAAAAUUGAGAAUUGCAAGCACAAAUUCUGUAUUAGCGGAUGUCAACAAUCAAGGAAGUAAAAAAAACGAGACUAGGAUUGUACAAAAUAAUAAAACUGAUUCGUCUAAUUGUACAACGAAGAAUAAUCAAAAUAAUUUUUCUAAACAAUCGCCUAAAAUAUCGCCUUCUUCGUCUAAAUCAACGGAAUCAAAGAUUCAAGAUAAUUUUAAUAAUGCUUCCAAUAAUGACAAAAAGGAUGUUGUGACUAUAGAAAAUACAGAACAGAACGAUGUGAAUAACAAAAAGAGCAAAAAGAAAUGGGUAUUAACGGAUUUUGAUAUUGGACGUCCUCUUGGUAAAGGGAAAUUUGGAAAUGUCUAUCUUGCUAGAGAAAAAAAGUCUAAAUUUAUUAUAGCCAUGAAAGUACUUUUCAAAGCGCAAAUACAAAAGCAAGGAGUUGAAGAUCAAGUUAUGUUAUAUCAAGUGCAAAGGGAAAUUGAGAUACAAACUCACUUAAGACAUCCUAAUAUCCUACGUAUGUACGGCUAUUUUCAUGAUGAAAAAAGAGUGUAUUUGAUAUUAGAAUAUGCUCCAAAAGGUGAAUUGUAUAAAGAAUUGAAUGCACAGCCCGACAAACGUUUUGACGAAGUUAGAACGGCUACGUAUAUGUCGCAAUUAGCAGAUGCAUUAAAAUAUUGUCAUAGUAAAAAAGUAAUACAUCGUGAUAUAAAGCCAGAAAAUUUAUUGCUUGGUCUAAAAGGUGAAUUAAAAAUGGCUGAUUUUGGUUGGUCCGUUCAUGCACCUUCGUCGAGACGAGAAACUUUAUGCGGUACUCUUGAUUAUUUACCACCAGAAAUGGUAAUGGGAAAGACAUAUAAUCACACUGUAGACUUAUGGAGCGUUGGUGUACUAUGUUACGAAUGUUUAGUCGGUUCUCCACCAUUCCUUGCACCAACUUACGAAGAAACGUAUGUUAGAAUUAAAAAGGCACAGUAUAAAUUUCCUGAUUUUGUUAGCGAAGGCGCGAGAGACUUAAUUUCAAAGUUACUAAUCGUAAAUCCAGAUAAAAGACUGCCAUUAGAAGAUGUUUUAACUCAUCCUUGGAUAAUGAAAAAUCGCACAACGGAGCCCCAUGUGCAGUGAUAAAUGUUAUAUUAUUUUUAUCUUCUAGACUGUCGCUGUAUUUAAUAAUCUAGUAAAUGACGGUUGAUUUUUCGUGAUUUAA